CGUUAGAUGUCCAAUCGCGGUAUCUCGUACGUUAGAGGCUUAUCUUUAACAACUACAUAGCACAACAAGUAUUUUACUGCCGAACGCCACUCGGGAAAGAAGAAAUCUCGCGCGGUCAUUCUGUAAAUUAGUAUAUACAACUGUAGCAGGUAUUUGAAGAUGGCGGCAACGGACAACAGCAAAGCACCGUCCCCGGAAGGUGAGGCGAUUAACAUCUUCAAUCAGACGCACGAAUACAAGGGUGUAACCCUAACUCCUAUGCAACAACCAGCAAUAUACGAGGCACUACAGAACUGGGAAACAAGGCCCGAUGAUGUGUAUAUUGUUACCUAUCCAAAGUCUGGGACGCAUUGGAUCUUCGAGAUCGUUGCCCUCAUUACGAACGACGUCCAAGUCGAGAAAAUCGAUCGCACCCACAUGGUCUUCGCUUUGGAUCUCGCCUUGUCCCACACAGUCGACGGCCUCGCAACGAUCACGCCGGGUCAUGAGGCGAUGACCAAGUGGGAAUCACCUCGUGUCAUGGCCUCUCACCUCCUUGAAGAGUUUGCUCCAGAACAGAUCAAGAAGAAAUCAAAGGUCAUCUAUUUUUCAAGGAACCCGAAGGAUGUAUCCGUUUCGUAUUUCAAGUUCGUGGGUCCUGCCCUCCCCGUUGAAAUGGAAGGAUGGAAAGGAUUUGUACCCUACUUUCUCUCUGACAAAAUGUUUGGUGGAAGUUGGUUCCGUCAUAUCAAAGGUUGGUUCGCUCACAAAGAUGAUCCUAACGUCCUCCUUUGUAAAUACGAAGACUUUCAUAAGGAUUUGAAAGGCAGCAUCAAACGAGUUGCAGAUUUCCUGGAGCGCCCUCUAUCAGAUGAACAGCUGGAUAAGAUUGUCGAGCUCACCGAAAUGAAAGGCAUGCAGAAAACCUACCAACAAAUCGAAGAUAAAAUGGGAGACACGGGGAAGUCAGUGACAAGACUCUUCGGACAACUGCCCUACCUCAGGAAAGGAAAAGUUGGCAGUUGGAAACACAAUUUCACUGUGGCUGAGAAUGAAUAUUUUGAUAAGGUCUACAAACAUGAGAUGGACGGGAGCGGUAUCGAAUUCGAGUUUGAGUUGUAAAAAUAUCUUUCAAUUUAUUUUUGUUUUUUCAUUUCAUUAGGAGUAUUGUAAUUUUGUGUUACUUUUAAGCAUAAUUCCGGGUUUAGAAUGAAAUUCUUUAGACGUGAAUAUCAAUUCAGGUCGUUGUUGAUGUAGUAAGCCAUCCUUUAUAAAAGAAACGGAAUUGUCAAAAGACUUAACUCCGUUUCGUUG